AUGUCUCAUAAGGGGAAAGCUAAGGUUCUUCCGGAAGCACCGUCGUUGGAUGCUCCUCCUCCAUCGACAGCUCCUGCUUCUUCUAUGCCUGCAAGCAAGGACAAGGGCAAAGCACCGGUGGAUGACUCCAACAACGUGUCUCUCACUGAUGCACCUGCUAGCGAAUUAGGCAUCUCUCAGGAAGAGAAGCUACGCUCUCUUCGCACGAUUAUUCCUGAUAGCGGCUUCAUCGAGGGCGAUUCUGAUGAAGAACUGAAAGUCGAAGUCAAGACAGAGGCUUUUCACCGCGUCCGCUACACGGUGAUUCUGCUGUUACCUGUAACUCUCGCGCUGGAAGUGGCAUCGGUCAUCACCACUGUGCAGACGCUGUUGAGGCGGGUGUACCGUGUAGCCGCUUCUCUGCCUGCCUCGCCGCUGAUCACACCCAUUCGGCUGGACCCGGCCAUUGUGCUGAUCUCUACGGAAGGCAAUCGCAAAGAAUGGAUCUGCACGCAAGUGGGGUGUGGGAAAGCGAAAAGGAAGAGCUUCAUGACGGCGGCCAACCACAUCACGUCUGCCAAUCAUCUCAUCCAUCUGGAGUAG